CCGCAGGAACUAGGCGCAUUGCGCCGUGUGAGGGCUGGGCCUCGCGUCUCAUCCCAGGAGCAUCGCGAGGCUUGGGGCGGUGCUCUCGCGGAGGGUGUCACAGGAGCCGGGCGCUAGGGUCCGGGUGCCGGGCUAGGGGCGGAGCUGGGAGAUGGCGUCCGGAGCGGCUCGCUGGCUGGCAUUGGCAUCCGUCCGAUCCGGGGCUUUCCGGAGCGGGCCGAGGCUGAGGAAAGGUGGUGAUGUCUCCGCCGGAGGGGGUGGCUCAGGUCGGAGCCUGGUACCAUCGAGGUCAGUCAUCGUUACUCGCAGCGGCGCCAUUUUGCCCAAACCGGUGAAAAUGUCCUUCGGCCUCCUCCGUGUGUUCUCCAUUGUGAUCCCCUUUCUCUAUGUCGGGACGCUCAUCAGCAAGAACUUUGCUGCUCUCCUCGAGGAACAUGACAUUUUUGUCCCAGAAGAUGACGAUGACGAUGACUAACAGGACAUGGAGGAAGUAACAGAAAGGAGACAGCCUAACUUAAUUAUGACAUGGUGAUGCUCACAGCCUCUCCUAUCUCCCUAUCGGAAGGGCCCAGGGAAAGCCUUCAGCUUCCCUACUCCAGUGAAGCCUCCUGCACCACCUGUGACCAUAGCCCAGAUCCCCAGGCUCUGGGAGGUUCCCAGAAAUGUGCUGUCCACUGAGCACAGUCAGCUUAUGAAUAAACAUAAUAAACAUCAGCUCUGUGUGACUGA